UCUAAAAACAGUGAAACCCCAAACGUUGGGUUGUGAAGUGGGAAUUGCAAAUGGCGGAGCACAUACCUGAAGAUGUGAUAGCGAAAAUCUUCCAGUGGUUGCCUAUCAAAUCCUUAAUCCGCUUCACAUCCAUUUCGAAGCGUUGGCGCUUCAUCAUACUCCGCGACCCUCACUUCGCCACAUCCCAGUUCCAAAUCGCUUCCGGCAACAACAAAAGUGUCUGUUUCCUGAGCUACUCUGAUUCUAACUUCUUCGAAUCGCUGAACUUGCAAACGACGACGUCGGCUUUGAGAAAUCUUCGCUGCCCAUUCAAGCAACCAGACAGUAUGGUUUUCAUACACUCCUCAUGCCGUGGUCUGAUGUUUGCAACUUUUGUAGGGCAGGGAAUGGUAGCGAGGUAUAUAUGGAACCCAUCAACUGGGUUCUUCAAAAAACUACCUGAUCCAGGUGUUAAAAAUGAGUACCAAGUCUUCUCUGGUUUUGGGUAUAUCUCGGCCACCGACGACUACAAGAUUCUCAUAGCCAACUCUAACCUUGAGGAGGGAGAGGAAGCCAAGAUCCACAUCUUCUCGUCGAAAUCCAACUCUUGGAAAAGGAUUCAAGAUUCCCAAUAUUCCGCCUCGUCAACGACAAUCAUGGGCACUCUUUUAAAUGAGGCACUUCAUUGGCUGGAGAUGUUUGAUGACGUUAUAGUUGCUUUUGAUUUAGCAGAUGAGGAGUUCCGGACAAUGCCGCUGCCUGUUGUUGAGGAUCACUAUGCUGGUGACUAUUUCAGACAUCUAAGGGUUCUUGGAGGUUGCCUGUGUGUGUUUGGUCAGGCUGAUACUAAUGCUGGCUCUAUGGAUAUGUGGGUCAUGAGGGAAUAUGAUGCGGGUAACUCCUGGACUAAGCUGUUUAACUUAAAGUUUUCCAAUCAGCCUGAGGGGAUUAUUUCUGUCAAGCCAAUCUGGGUUAUGGAAACUAGUACAUUUCUGGAGAUAAAUUCUAACUCUGAAACGAGGGUGAAGUUAGUAAGGAGUUAUUAUAAUGAAGAGGAGAUCGAAGAGAUUCAUAUGGAUAGACGGUCAAUGAUUGGAUAUGAAGAGAGUCUACUUUGGCUUGAGUAAAUGAUUACUCUCUGCAUCCAAAUUCAGGGAUUUUAGAGUGUACACAUGCAAGAGGAACUGUGAGGACCAGAUGAAGUAGAUCCAGUUCUGAGGAUCCUGGAGGACCUUGCUCCAAGUCACCAGCUCCCCUGAGCUAUUGUUUAUUAGAGGCUAUGUAUGCAUCUCUGUUAAUAUGUUGUUAAUGUGUGAAAAUGAUAUGCUAAGAUAAUGUUUCAGUUGUGUUCUGUGAUCCUAUCACUAAAGGGAAUAAUUUUUCGAUAUAAAUUAAAUUAAAUGAUAUCAAGUUUGUUGGUUU